AUGGCUCAGCUUCCUGGUCAAGCUUUUUCUCUUGGGCCUCCCGUUUCUGAUGAUGUUUACAAGUACUUGGAGAUGAUUAGAAAAAGCAAACCGAAUAUCAGAGCCAUACUACUGUGGGUUCUACGUUCCGGACCAGAUUCCGGUAUAAAAUCAUUCACAACAAAGAAAAUAGUUUUUGCAACUUGGACAAAGAAAAAAAAGCAUCCAAGGAAAGCUGCAAAACCGAAAUACCGGUUUGGUUUUUUGCAACGUCACCAAGAACACAAGACAGCAUGGGCUAUCAUAGCAGCCAAAUUGAUAAGCAUUGCAAGGUUUUGUGCUGAUAAAAGCAUACAAAAGACCUUCACCGACUAUUCAGCUCAAUACCUGCUCGAUUUCGUUAAGCCCCAGCAGGAACAAGUGAAAGCAGAAACCAGUUCUUGUUGCAAGAUUAGCAGUGUAGCACAAGGCAUAUUGUACGCAGUCGAGAAUGAUAUACCAAGACAAAAGGAUUGGAGUUUCAGAGGAUGUCGGAAUGUGGUUGAACAAUAUGAUGGUCCCCGUUUCUCCGUAAAAGGACAAGUGCAGUCAUUGACUCUUACUUCGGCAUUGAUCUGCAUACAAUAUCACCCUGUGGCCGCCAAGUUGCAUUUGUUUAAGGCCUACGAGGAACUUGCUCAAGAUGAAAUUUAUCGUGGGCCGACGGAUGAGAACUUGAAUUACAUUGGAGAAGAAGAUGUGAUGAUUUAUGAGACUAGAAUAGUGGAGGAUGAGUUGGUUGCUGUAGUGAAGCUACCAUGCGGAAAAAAAGAAUAUUUGAAUGUCUCAGUAGAUGUGAUGCUAAUCCUUGCGCCACGAGAUGAUGAUGAUGCUGAUGGUCUGCGCCUAAAAAAUUUGGCAAAGGCAUGCCGUUUGCUUAAAGACUGUAUGGCUAUACUCCCCCCACCAAGAACUAAAUAG